ACCGAUAAGCAUAGAAUAUUUAUAAACAAGAUGAAAAGAUUUGUGGAAGAAGCGAUUACUUCAUUUUCUUUAAAUCGUCCCAUGAGUGGGAAAUGUCAAAUCGUAAAUAUUCAUAGAACUAGUAUUGAAUUAUGGCAAGGCUUUUAAUUAAGGAAUUUUAACACAACGAGAGCAUCAAGUGAAUACACAGACAGCUAGUAAAGCAUAUGGGAUGGCUUCCAACUCAUCCCUCCUAAUCAAUAUUUCUGCAUCAUCAUUGGAACCACUCGAUCGCAGUGAUUUUGCUCUUAUUGCAGCGUUUUCAAUAAUCUUCAUCAUUGGUGUUAUUGGUAAUAUCUUAGUACUGUAUGUGUUUAAAUUUCGAACUAAAAAAAGGUUAUCGACGAUGGAAAGAUUAAUUUUAAAGUUAGCUAUAGUUGAUUUGCUUGGAAGUAUAUUCAACCCUGCGUUGUUUGUGUACUGGCAGAUUACGCAAAACAGAGCAUGGCAUUUCGGGACAGUAGGGUGCAAAAUAUUUCCCACAAUUCUUAAUGUCACCGACAGUGUUUCCAUUGGCAUAAUUGUAAUCAUAGCAUUGGAUCGGUGCCGUGUCAUUUGCAACCCGUUCAUACGCGGAUAUUCAACAAUGCAAAUCAACGGGGCUUUACUGGUUGUACUAUGUACAGCUGUAUUCCUGGAAAUACCACGUUUAAUUCACGCUGAAGUUAUUCCAGGUUUAACCUGUUACGUUCCAGAGUCAAACAAACCUUCAUACGCGUAUCCAGCACUUCUAUCAUUACUUCUACGCGAUGUUUCCUGUUCUGUAAUUUUCGUUGUGAUAUUUCACCGAAUGUAUCACGCACUGUACGACCCUGACGUAAUCAGAUUAUUAGGGGACCAAAGCCAAAUAAAAAAGCGAAAGGCUUAUGUACUACUUGUGGUAAUCACUAUCGUAUUUACGGUACUCGUUUACCCUCGAGAUAUAUUGCAUAUUGUUUUUCUUAUUAUUUCUCUUUCGCCGUAUGAUAUGGCACCGUCGAAAGCUAUACUUGACCUGAACACGGUAUUAAAAAUCUUAAGAGCGGUUAACAGUAUUAUUAACGUGUUUAUCUAUGCAAGGUUGCACGGAAAGUUCCGAAAAAGUUUAAAAACCAUGCAAACAUCACUGAACAGACGACGACAGGCUGCCAUUAAAAAAAUCAACCACAACCACAUAAUUCUCAGUGGACUGGGAACAUUAGAGACAAACGACGUGCUCGAGGAUAAUUUAUGCCAGAAUGGUCACAGCGUAUUUGAUAGUUAUCACUCACACAAUAAAAACAAUACAUCUUCAGCUGAAUAAAAUAUUAUUUUUAGAUUCUAUUAUUUCGCUGUUUUAUGUCUCAGAUCAAAUCGCAGGGCGAAAUAUAUAAAAGAUUUUAAUCAGAGGGAGGCGAUAUGGAUAAUAGUGUUUUAAAAGCAUUAUCACACAGUCAGUGUGCUACCUUUAAGAUAGUUGGCUUGUUGAUAUAACUCUUUGUAGUAACAAUAAUCUGCGAAAGAGUGCGUUUUUAAUUUUUUGUAAGAUAUUAAGGUCCCUUCUUUAUUAUUAGUAAUUAAAAACUGUUCAAUAAGCUCUCAUCGGUUAAAUUAAUUUUGAGCUCUUUUGGUUAGCAGAGUCCCUACCCUCUCCCUUUCACUUUUUUAUUACAGACAUCCUAAUUCGUGAAAUAUAAUAUCUUCCCUUAAGAUAACGCUUUAGAACUCGAAACUUGAACCAUAACUGUAUUUUAUCAACAAGAAUCUUUCUGGAAUUUCCAUGCUCGUGAUCAACUCAAUUUCCCCGAUAUUUUCCUAAUUUUAGCGGCAAAAUGAGGUUUUGAAGUGCUUUUUAGCAUUUUGUUAUUUAAAAUAUGCAAAAACCGAAAAUUAGCUUCUUGAAUUUUUAGCGGACAGUGAUUUCAUGGUUGUGAUGAUAUCAUAGUAAGUGAAGACAAAUUCGUUACUACAAAUUUUUCCUUUAUGCUAGCCUAGUUAACUAAACUUUCUUCUUCGAGUUGAUAAAAUGAGUUCCUCUCAAACACAAGCUUAGACGCAAAAGAAUGACUCAACGGAAACGCUGAGUUUAAAUUGAAAAAUGUGACUAAUCGCUCCUGAGGCCAUUUUAAUUUAUCUGUGAGUUAUUUACCAAGCUUGGCCGCAUCUUUCUCUGGUAAAAACUUUAUAGUUUAAUAAUGUUUGUUAGGGUAAGUGAAACCACUCGCUCGAACUUUAGAACAAUAAAACAAUAGAACAAUAGAACAAUAGAAUUAGCCAAUCAAAAAAACGCGGCCAGAUUCUGGCCGCAGAAAAAUCGUUUGAGACCCAGAGUAAUUUUUCCCACCCUAACUACUCCGAUUUCCCGGUGGUAAGAAAAAUUAUGCUGGGUCUCCUGGCUACCUUUAUGGGUAAUCCAAAUUAACUUAAUGUAUGGAGAGGGUUAGAUGUGUGAAAAACGCAGGACAGAAUUGGUAUAAGGUCAUAGUAACGGUAUUUCCUCGCGCGAUAUAAACAAACCAUUAUGAAUAAUAUACUCAUUUAAAGAUGUGUCAUUUUGAGUUUCGCUGAUUUAACUAUUUUUUCUAACGAUUAGUCAUUAUGACAUCAAUAUGAACUUUAUGAAGAUUAAAUAAAAUCUUCCAAGAUAUGAUAUUUUCACGCCGUUUUAUACCCUGAAUAUGUCACCAAAUAUAUCAAAGAAAAGACUUUUACCUUUAUUGUAAAAAUUGUUCUAAUAGCGUCUGUAGGAGAUAUUUUUAAUUUUGAUUGGGUUGGGUCAUUUGUACAGGCGCGGCGCCACAAUUUCCAAAUUGGGGGGAGGGGGAUUUUGAGAUGUUAGUGACAAUCAACGAGCAAAGCGAGUUGCCGAAACAGCUUGGUACCAAGAUAAUGGCGAUGAACUUCGGAAAAUACAAUGUUGGGGGUGAGGAAAGCCUUUAACCCUGUAUCAUUAAACAUUAAAACUGUAGAGUGGAUGAAAAAGUCACUGAGUGGUUCCUAUAAACUUCAAAUUCUUACAUUUUAAGUUUGAUAACCUUCAAGAUAAGAAAUGUAAGAAGAUGCACGGUAUAGAAUAGCAAAAUAAUAACAUAUCUUAAUUAUUUAAAAAUUGUUAUAUUCGGUGUUAAUCAAAAUUAUUAUUUUAACAUUUAACAUAAUAUAAACAAUUCGCCCUCUGUUAUGAAAAAGAGACAGCAGGCAUUGGUAACGAGGUUGUAUAUGUUCUUUAUAAAAACCUAGUUUAUGUAAAUCUAGUUUUUCGAAAGUUGAAAACAUUCCAAAAGCGUACUCGGCAUAAAAUUUCCUUUAUGGAUUUUAAAAAAAGUGCAUUUGAGUCUUAAAUUCAUAAGGGACUGUUUGCCGGGAAGAGACGUUUGCCGAGGCGAUUUUGUCCCGCCUUUUUAAACAAAAUUGUCGGGUUGAUUUUUUUUUAAUAAAAAAUUAAGAAAGUCUCUCAUUACUUUGACUUUUAUUAAUGUUAUUUCGCCGAAGAAUUUACAUUUUUUCGUAAAAAUAAAUGCAAAACUAUAGCUACUAUAUUGUAAAAUCUAGAAAUAUAUGGUUGCAUAUCCUUAAAUGCAGGCAGAGUAGUUAAAAAUGACAGGAACAAGAAAAAGACUGCA